AUGUCCCCCACAUUCAUUGGCCUGGUCUGUCUCGGGGAGGACAAACUCCACAUUUUCCUAAGACUGAAUUCUUCUCACCCAGGCUAUCACAACAAGCCCUCCCUGACUGCCUGGCCAAGUCAUGUGGUUCCUGUAGGACAGCAUGUGCAUCUUCAGUGUCACUCUCAUUUUGGGUUUGCCAUGUUCAGGGUAUACAAGGAACAUGGGUCCCUUGUCCCUAAGUCCCAGAAAGUACUAUCCUCAAAGAAUUUCAUCAUGGGCCCUGUGACCCCAGCACAUGCUGGAAUCUACAGAUGCUAUGGUUCUUAUCAUCACUCCUCCACAUGGUCAACACCCAGUGAUCCCCUGGAGAUCAUGGUCACAGGUGUGUACAGGAAACCUUCCCUCUUGGCCCAGCCAGAUCCCGUCAUGAGACUGGGAGAGAAUGUGACCCUGCGGUGCUCCUCAGAAAUCAUGUUUGACACCUACAUACUAUACAAAGAGGGGGAAACCAAGGACCCCUUGCAUCUUGUUGGGAGAUUCCAUGGUGGCAACUCCCAGGCUGACUUCUCCUUGGGUUCUAUGACAAUUUCCCAUGUGGGGACCUACAGAUGCUAUGGUUCUUUCAGUCACUCCCCCUAUGAGUGGUCAGACCCCAGUGACUCCCUGAAGCUUGUAAUCACAGGUGUAUACAAGAAACCAUCUCUCUUGGCCCAGCUGGGCUCUGUGGUGAUGUCAGGAGAGAACGUGACCUUGUGCUGUCAUUCAGAGAGCUCAUUCGACAUGUACCAUCUAUCUAGAAAGGAGGAUGCCCAUGAGUCCUGGCUCCAUGGAGUACAGAGCCACAGUGGUGCAUUCCAGGCUGACUUCCCUCUGGGUCCUGUGACCCCAGCCUAUGGUGGGAUCUAUAGAUGCUACGGGUCUUUCAACCACUCUCCCUAUGUGUGGUCAGACCCAAGUGAUCCACUGCACCUUUUGGUCAAGGAAAACUCUACAAGUUGUUCCCCAUCACCCACAGAACCAAGCAAUCAAGCCGGUAACCUCAGAAGCCUGCACAUUCUGAUUGGUCUCUCAGUGGUCAUCCUCCUCCUCCUCAUCUUCGUUUUCUUCCUCAUUCAUCGAUGGUGCCCUGCCAAAAAGAAUGUCCCUAUACCGAACAGAGAGCCUGAGGUGGAUGGCAUGGUGAAUAGGGAGGUAAGUCCUCCUCAGCCCACCCUCUUCAAUGCAGUCUUAUUCCCUCCUAGUUGCCAUAAAUGUGUGCACACCCUACUCACCAUUUACCUCUUCCAGGACCCUGAAGUAGAAGACCCACAAGAGGUGACAUACUCAGAGUUGAGCCAUUGGAUUCUCAAACAGAAAAAAAUCACUCCCACUUCCCAGAGAUCUGAGGACACACCAACUGAUUCCAGUGUGUACGUGGAACUCUCUUACGCUAAGCCCAGAUCAAGGCAUGAUUCCUAGCCCCUGAGCACACAUAAAAAGUUCUGGAGGGAUUCUCCCAUGGGCACCAUCCUUCCUUCUCAAAUCCAGCCUCUUGUCUCUGAGGUAACAACAGCUGGAGUCUGGAGGCCUAUAGGAUCAUCUCUAAAAUCUCAGAGCCUCUUAGAAAAGCCCCAGCUAUUUUAGGAUGCUAUUAUGAUUCUCCAGCCAUUUCAGUAUUGCUAACAAAAUCACCCGCGCAUUCUAGAAAUUCAACUAUAAUUGGCCCACUUUCUCUGAUAUUCUAUUGAUGUGAUUCUAGAAAUCAUAAUGUAUUUCCACAGCAGAUUAAUUCCACAAACAAGUUUUUAUAGAGACACAAUAUAUUCUAUAAGCUUUUGAAGCAAAUGUUAGUGAAGAACAUCUGUAUUCUCGUGGACCUCAGUCUAGUGGGAGAUACCAACAGGCAAAUUACCUUGUAUUACCAAUUGGCUAGGGGUUUUAUUUAAGUUAUGAACGAUGCUGAAUUUUAUAAAAUUCUUUUAUUGCAGCUAUUGAGAUUCUUGUGUGAUUUUACUCAUUAGUUCUAUAAUAUAUGGCAAAACAAAUUGUCCUUUGAACAUUAAACCAACUUUACAUACCUGGAAUAAAUCCCAUUUGCUCACAUUGUAUUAUCAUUUUUAUAUAUUGCUAGAUUUGAUUUGGUUAAAUCUUUUAAGGAUUUUUGUUUCUAGGUUCAUGAGAGAAUCAACAAGUGAUUUUUCCAAAUAUCCUUUGUCAGAAAUUCCUCUCCCAUCCCCUCCUAUCCCCUUCCUUACUUCCUCUCCCCUUCCCUCUCCUUCCUUCCCCUCCCCUCUCCUCCUCCUCUUCUCUCUGUCUCUGUCUCUUCCCCCUAUCCUUCCCUCCCUUUAUCUCUUCCUCUCUCCCUUUCUGUACAGUGUAAUUCCUACUUAAGGUCUCCAUAUCAUUAAAUAUGCUUCCAUAAUAUUGAGUCCCUUCCUGGUAAUCCAUUACACUUUUGAUCCAUAAUUAAAUUAACCACUUCUUUUUGGGCACUUUUUUUUAAUUCACUCAAUCCUGCAAUGAAUAUUCCAAGGGAAUAUAUAUAUAUAUCCAAGUUCAUGGUUCAUCUCUUAUGAUAGAUACUUGAGAUUGCUGAAUUGCAGAGUUUCAACACUCAUUGAAAAUACGUGAAAGAGUAGUCCAUCUCAGUUCUUUAAUUCUGCCCAUUCUUUUAGGCCUCGAAGUGUGAAAAAAUUAUAAAACUAUAAAUAAAUAAAUAAACACUUCUUCCAGAACCCAGUCUUGUAGUUUAAGCCCAAACCUGAAGCAAGAGCCUACAGUGUACCCUCAGGAAUUCUCCUCACUCACAGCGUCUCUUCCUAGGUGUUGAUGUUGUUGUUAGGUGCCGUCAAGUUGGUUCCAACUCAUAAUGACCCUAUAGGACAGAGUAGAACUGUCCCAUAGGGUGUCCAAGGAUUGGCUGGUGGAUUUGAGCUGCUGACCUUUUUGGUUAGUAGCCGAGGACUUAACCACUACACCACCAGGACUUCUAGGUGUUGCUAGUACAUGGUUAUAGUUAUGAUCAGCAAUGGGGAAAGAUGCUUAAACCGUCAUAUGAAUGAAAAGAAGAAGACCCUGAGUAAAAGUGGGAAAGAAAGAAUGGAAGAAGAAUAUGUCACAGGUCACUGUGGGAUCAAAAUUUUCUUUGUUCUUUAUCAUUUUCAGGGAUAUAUCUUAACUUGAAAAAGGUUAGAUCCAUUUCUAGGUAGGCAAAUAUUUCCCUUCACAAACUCUCAGCCCCAUAUCUUAGCUCCAGUGGACAAAGACAAGAGAAUCAAUUAGUUGUUAUUAGGUGCCAUUGAGUCCGUUUCCAUUCAUAGUGACUCCACGUACGACAGAACAAAACACUGCCUGGUCUUGCACCAUCCUCACAAUUGUUGCUAUGUUUGAGCCCAUUGUUGCAGCCAC